GACUGCUUUCAACGUGCAGUUGCCAUUUCGGUGAUUAGGUGUUAACUGGUGUUAAGUGGCAGUUAAUACUUCAAUUCGCGCGGUUGUUGGUCAUUGCGGUGCUGCGGUUACUAUCGAAAAAAGUUUGGAGGCAAAUUUAGUAUCUCAUCGUCGGUCGUUCUUCGUUCUUCGUUCGUCGUUUUCGUCUUUGUUGUUGUUGUUCUCAUUGUUGUUGUUGUUGUUGUUGUCGUAGUUGUCGUCGAGUAGCGUUAAUGUUUCGCUUACCUUAUUUAAAUUAUCGCGCCGAUCUGAGCGAUACUAUAGGAUUGAAAAAAUCCGGGAGUGUCGCAGAUAUGCCCAGCAAUAGUAGGUAUGCCAAUACAUUCUUCCUUAUGGAACUUAAUUGCCAAUUGGUCUUAUGUGCCAAUUGAACGACAGCGUAGCACAAACACAAACCGUCGACAGCAGCGCUACUUACCUGCUUUGCCUGAAUCAGAUGGCGAAGAAAAUAACACAACAGAAAAGAUAAAAAAAGGAAAACGAACAGUGAUGAUGUUGGACGCUGAAAGGGAGGAGGCUAGGAAUUUACAAAUUGAGUUUGAAUGGGUGCUGCGGGAGGAAGUGCAUGGUAUAUUAAAACAGCUACGCACUACAUUGAUUGAAUGCGCCCAUCGUUUUCCUGUGCCACUCUAUGAAAAUGAAGGCAAGAAGACGGAGAAAUUCAUACUCUCUGUAGCACCAGAUCAGCUAAAGGCAAUUGUCACUCUUACCGGGGACAGCAUAACUAGGGCAGACAUCAGUUUUAAAUUAUCCAAAGCACCUAAUCAAGUGCAACGCACGUCAAUCACUCAAGACUCACCGUGGAAACUGCAACAAAUCCAAGAUGCAGCCAAUCAUUUGCAGCAAGCAAUCAAUCAUAUCGAUGACGUGGAUGAUUCGUAUCAUUUCAAAACCUCUGAUGAAGUGCUGCAUGUGGUUGGAAAUAUUCUUGAAGCGCUGACACGCGGUCGUACAAGUUUAGUUAUACCUAAGAAGAAACCCAUAGAUGAAUUAAUCAAAUCACGAAAUAUGAAAUCAUUAGCUCCAAACUUAUCGGAAGACUUGGCUGUCAGCUUUUAUUUGCAAGGCCAUAAACUAAUUAUUGCCGUGUAUCAACUCACAAAUAUACAAGGCACAAUGAAGUUCGACUCAUGCCAGGCAGAAACAUCCGUGCAGUGGCUAAAUGAGGUGUUGUUAAUGUUUACUGCUGGUCUGAAGUUAUGUCAGCAAUUGAAGGACAAAAUUUCCGUGUUUUCUGUGUAUAAGGACUUUACAGUGGGUUCCAGAUCACCAUCAGCGCUUUCCUACUAAUUGUAUUUGUUAUAUAUAUUGUAAGAAUAGAAAGCAGUUGCUGUAAAUGUUUUUUUUUUGUUUUUGUUAAAAUAUUAUUCCAUAAAUGUUAAGAAUUUGUCUCUAAUAUCAGAGAGGCGUGAGGAAGUGCAAUGUAUAUUUUUAAGUUAGUCUAUUGGUGCUACUAUUUUAGACAUUAUUCUGAGUCAGUUUAGAAAAGACAGUUAAAAUAAUUAAUGUAAUUGAAAUUCGUUUGUCAUGUAUGUUAAAAUUACAA